GACUAUGAUCACUUUGCCGAAAAGCCGUGAAGUUAUGAUGGAGAUCAUCGUCCGGAUUAAUAGUUUUGUGCGUUAGUUUUUAUAACUUUGUGCGUUAUUUGUCAAAUAGUUUAACCUUAAUAAGAUGCUAGUUCUUCUUCUUAAUAAGUAACAAACCAGCAGAGUGACUUACAGUGAGAACAGCUUUACCCAUGGCAGUAACUGUGAAGCCAUUAUCUGGGGUGGCAGUUAUUUUCGGAGGCUCAAGAGGCAUAGGCGCCGCGUGUACUCGGCUUUUCGCUCUGGAAGGCUGGAAAACUGUUGCAGUUGGUAGGAAACCAGAAAAUCUUCAAUGGAUAUCAUACGAAAAGGCUCCGGGAAGGGACCUGCAUGCCGAAGUUUGCGAUAUAGCAGAUGAAGAUAAAGUCAAAAGCACAGUAAAAAAUAUCGAAGAGUCACACGGACCCAUAUAUGUCAUAGUGAAUUGUGCUGGUAUUUCAAUGAAUAAGCUGUUGGUCCAAUCGUCUGCCGAUGAGAUACGAUCCGUAGUGGACACCAAUCUCCUUGGUACAAUGUUUACUUCACGUGCAGUUCUUAGAUAUAUGCUCCGAAGAAAAGCAGGCAGCAUAAUCAACAUCGGAAGUGUUGUCGGCCAUAGGGGUAAUUCGGGACAAACUGCCUACGCUGCUUCGAAGGCAGCACUAGGAGGGUUCACCAGAUCGCUGGCCAAAGAAGUUGCAUCGAAGAACAUUCGGGUCAACAUGGUAUCACCAGGCCUAAUCGCUACUGAUAUGAUAUCAGGUGUUAAUGUCUCAGCCAUUAAGCCCCAGAUCGCUUUGGGGAGACUUGGGGAGGCGGAGGAGGUCGCCCGAGUAGUUAAUUUCCUUGCCACUAAAGCCAGCUAUAUUACUGGACAGGAUGUGCCUGUCUGUGGUGGACUGAGUAUUCAAAUGUAGAUAAAAAUGAAUGGACAAGAUUUUUAGGAAAAAAUAGUAUAAUGUUAGCCACUAUUAAAAAAAAAUAAAUGUUUGUUAGCUGUCCUAUUGAAAAAUUACUUCAAAAGAAAAAACAUUUUGUUGUUUGAUCGUAGUACUAACAUGACAGCUCAGUAUUUAUUUAAAACGUACGCCGCUCCUUUUUGAUUGUUACGCUGCACCUGCAAUUGUAGGGUUAGACAUAAAUAUAAACGUCCAUUAUUUAAAAUAGUUACAACUUUAUGUUGCAUGGCACGUUUAUAUAUAUCUUUUUCAGAAUGUUCAAACUUCGAAAUUCUAUUAGUAAUUUUUAUGGCUUGCUGAAUCCAACGAUGGAAGAUUUUUUGUUGUGAUAUUAUUUUGUGAUACUAUGUCGUGCAUCUUUUUCAUAAAAAGUUUUAUUUGUCGGAAUCGUUUAACUCGAUAAUUCUGCAAUCAGAAGUAUAAGCCGAUUUUGGCAUACAGCAUCUUAUUCCACCAGUUUUGUUUGUUCUUUUUUAAAAAAAGGAAAUCAGCUUUGUACAGGCAGCUGGAUUAUUCACACAGUGAUAAACCAUCAACGGCAGUAAUUAUGGUUUAAUGCACGCAGAUAGUCAUCGAAUUGGUUUCAGUUAUGGCAAAAUAAGAAAAAUCUUAACAAAAAAAAAGCACGACGAGCGCACCAGAUACGCUAUAGUACAAUAUACUGGUAUUUUCAGGUGACAUUUAUAGAGCAUGUUGUAUGAAUUAUUAACCAUAGGGCUUAAUUACCUCAAUUUCUAUAUUAUUCAUAGGAAUAAUCAUUUCAGUUCAUAGGAAUAAGAACGUCACCACGAACAACAAUGAAUUAUUCAUUGUUGUUAUCUAACUAUAUGAAAUCGUGCAAAGAUAGUAAUAUUUGUACCCAAUAAAAAGAAUUAUUAUGACUUGAUUCGGGCUGACGCAGGUUACCCGAGAAAACUUUAACGAGAACAAGUAUUGCCUUCUUGGUAAUGAUAAGGCAAAACGCAACUUUUGUAAGAAGCAAGCCUGCGUCGAGUAUUAUUCAGCAUAAUAAUUUUUGAUAGGCUGUUACGAGUUCCAUUUGUAGACAUUUCUAUGCUGCCGUACACUUAUUUAAUGUUUGAAAAUUAUGCAUGUGGCAAGAUUAAAAAAAAUUAUAGAAGGAACAAUAUUCGGUUCACCAAAGUCAUGGUUGAAUGUGGUAUCCAUUAACGGAUUCUGUGAUCUAGAACGCACUACCGUAAUAAGGCAUCUCAAUUACUUUUUCUAAAGAAUUUUAAAUUUCGCUUAAAACAGUGGACGCUCUAAAUCUUCAUCAUAUGAUGCACACAAUUUAUAAGGUACGGCAUGGCGGAGGUGAUUAUUCAAAAAGGUUAGCUUUGAUAGAAACAUACGGAAAUCGUAUCAUGUUUGCAAUUAUUAAACAGGUUAAGUGUUUGUUUUCCAAUGUCGUCCAUUCUGUAGCUGUACAUAAGACACGGUAAAUAGAUUUUUCAUCGUUCACUUUAUGUUUAUUUGCAUAUAUUUGUAAUAUGUACCUAUUUACGAAUAUAAUCAACACAGCUUAUCAACGUUCUGAAUUAACCAGCAGCCUUCAAGCUGCGUGAAGCGCAGAACUGCAACCUAACUAAAAAGUUGAUACGAAAAGACAUUCAAGGAUCUUCGGCCAGAGUCAGUCAAAGGAAAUCUGCUCUAUCUGAUUGGACGUCAUGCUGCACGGCUAAGUCUACGGCUUUCUAAUAUUUAUUAGUUUUGUAUGACUAUACUUUUAACUGGCUUAAAAUUUUUAAUCAAUAUUAUACUUAAGGAAAUGCAAUAAAUUAUCUCGACUUCUAGAAUUCUAUCCUGUAUAUUUCGUUAUAGACUAUAUGUCCAUAUGUCAUAAUAGUGUCAUAAUGCCGUAAUAGUGUAGUGGGUAGUAUUUGCCUUCGGGACACGUUGUGGUUUGAAUUUAAACCAGGGCAUAUAGACAACACGUUUUCUAGGGGAAACCAGCGGUCUGAAGGAAUGAUGCUGGGUGAAAAAUUAGAAUAUAUGUGGCUUCCUUUAUAUGGCAUACAAUGUAAAUCAAGCUAACUUUAACUAGCAUUUUCGUUUGUUAUCUAUUUGCGAGUUAUAUUUAAGACUGGAGGAAAUCAAUUGUGGUGGCAGUACUUUUUCGUCUAUCAACGUAUACACAUAGCGUAACGGACCGCAAUAGGGUCACGCGGCCUGGGCCGUAUGAUCUACCAUGCAUAGAGUUUUACAGAACUCUUUAACUGACAGAGAAGCAAUUUGGGAGCAAACUAUAAAGAAAUAGUACAUUAUCGGAUUCAUUUAGUGAAGUCGUGGAAGACUUUUUGUCAAAUUCAGGUUUUCACACCAAAUAAACAAAAAAAAA